AUGCCCAAGGCGCAGCCAUGCUUCGCUAGGAUGAUCGGCAGCUGGAAGCAGGAAAAAGCAAACAUCAGCUGGAUUGUUAUCGACUGGGACGAACUCAUAGCUCCGCCAGAAAUGUUGCCUGGACUUUCGAUUCGCGAUAAUGAAUCUCUAUGGAAACCCUACGAGGCUUUUGUGAAACCAGUGUCAGAUAUGCUCGCCCCUAACCUCGUUCUUCUUCUCGGGGUCUGUAUACCCGCUCAGUUGGCCAGCUGGCAGAUUCGCGAAUGGAUAAUUCUUGAUUGUGAUGACCGAGAGCUCGCUGCGCGCCUCCAGCGGCGAGAAGAGUCGGAUGAACAACUUCAAGAGGCUACUGGCGAUGCUGCGGAGUAG